GUUGUUCGUUGUGUACUAAGAUGCUUAUAAUUUAAUAAGUUUACUGUGAAAGGAUUAUAAAUAAUGCUAAAAAGUUUUAUUACUCUAAAGACUACUUAUUAUUCUUAUAAAACAUUUUAUUAAGCAUUUGUAGCAAAACUUCUAGAAAACAACAUCAGAUCUUGGACGUAUAUUACUGAAUUGAAAAGUCAUUCUACUUAUAAUAAGCCUAGGUCAUUAUUUUUAAAAAAUAUGAAUCACUUUAAGUUUAGUGAUUAUGAUUGCAUUGGUUUUGACCUAGAUAGUACGAUUAUCCAAUACAAAAUAAAAAAUUUAUUAUUGCUUAUUUAUGACGUGACAGCCAAUUACCUUAUAGAGAAAAAGGGUUAUGAUCCAAAGUAUUUAAAGAAGCCUUUGACAGUAAGAGAGUUUGAUUUUUUACAAAAGGGCUUAUUCUUUGAUUUUCAAAGGGGCAAUAUUCUUAAACUGACUCCAGAAGGUAAUGUGCACUUAGCUAGUCAUGGUACAAAAAUGAUGAACAAAGCAGAAAUAGAAAAAUAUUAUCCUAAUCGAGAGUGGGAAAUAAGCAAAAUAUUUAGUAAAGAUCCAUUGAUCACAUGGAAUGGUCCAUUAUCAUUGAAGAUAAGGACAGUACUAGAUGUUUUUGAUACACCAGCAGUUUUAAUAUUUGCAAGAGUAGUUGAUACUUUAGAUGAAAAAAAUGGAAAACCUUUGAAUGACUACAAUAUUUGGCCAGAUAUAUUAGAUGCUUUUGUUUUUAUUUACUCUAGAGAAAAUUUACAAAAUAAUACUGGUCAUUUUUUUUCUGCAUUACAAGAAAAUCCAGAUAAAUAUAUUAACAAGUCCAAUGAAAAAGUGUUGACUUGGAUUAGAAACUUGAAAGAAAAUAAUAAAAAAACUUUUCUUAUUACUGGUUCUAACUCUGACUUUGUUGAGGUAACUACUAAUUAUGCAUUAGGAAAAGAGUGGAAAUCCCUCUUUGAUAUCAUUGUAUGCUACGCAAAGAAACCUGCUUUUUUCACAGAAAAGAGGCCAUUUUAUUCAUUAAAAAACUAUUAUGAAAAUAAAAUUGUAACAAAUGAAGAGUUUCAGCUUGGUGAAACAUACAAUCAAGGAAAUUGGCAAGAAUUAGUGAAAUUUUUUUGUAACAUUACAGGAGCAAGUAGUCCAAAAUGUCUUUAUGUAGGUGAUAAUUUGUUACAAGAUAUAUAUGCUCCUAAUGACAAAGCUCAGUGUGAUACUGUGGCUAUAUCAGUUGAACAUUUGGUAGAAGGAAUGCUCAAUCAUGACUUUUAUCAUAUAGAUAAAGACAUUAUAAACUCUAAUGUAUGGGGAUCUUUUUUCACAUUACAAGAUUCUAAUGGUUACAAGGACUCUUUUUGGAAUAAUAUUAUUAAAAAAAAUUCAAAAAUAUGCAUUCCAGAUUUGGAAGUUGUUGUUGAUAAAUACUUAGAUGAACCAAUAGAGUGUUUUACUCAAGAAAACAAUGACAAAGCAUUAAAUGGUUAUUAUCCAGCCAAACCUACCACAACUUCCAGCUUGCAAUUAUAAUUGAAGCAAUUGUAUUUAUAAAAUUGAAAAUGUUUUCUAGAAUAUUUUAUGAAAUACUCAAAUUGUAAAUAAAGAUUGAAAAUAUCUUUAUACCUAAACAAAAAGAACUUGAAUCGUUGA